AGCCCCGCCCUCCCCCCAACCGCCGCCCCCCACGACCUCUGCCAACGCGACAGAAGCCCCAGACGCCGACGUCGCCCCAGACACCGAAGAAGCACUUGCAGAAGCCCCAGGCCCCAGCCCGGUGACCGAGGACACGCUACGUACCCGCAGCUCCUUCUCGUGCGGCGGGGCCCUUGUGUCGCCGUACCACGUUCUGACUGCGGCCCACUGCCUCCUGGACCAGCGGGUGACUGAGGACGGCAAACCCAGGUUCCUCAAACCGUCCGUGGUUCGGCUGGGUGAGGUUGACUUCGAAAGCGUGGACGAGAGCCAGGCCUUUGACUACGACGUGGCGGCCGUUCGGGUGCACGAAGGUUACGUUCUUCCCAUGAGGUACAAUGACAUCGCCAUCAUCACGCUGAAACAGAAGGUGGAGUUCACGGCAGCGGUGCGCCCGUACUGCCUGCCUCGGCGAGAUCUCCAGCUGGACGGCCGUGUGUGCACUGUGUCCGGCUGGGGAAGGACGUCAAGUAAUGACUUGGCUUCGACGAUCUUACACAAUGUGGAAGUGGAAGUCCUGCCGCAGGUGGAGUGCGCGGAGACGUAUUCCUCCGCGGGCGACAUCUUCGCCACCGAAUACCCUGAGGGCAUCACGGACUCACUCCUCUGCGCAGGGAAGCUCGCCGACGUCUGCAGGGGCGACUCCGGAGGUCCACUUGUCUUGACGGAAUUUUUGACCAUGCAUACCGUGGGCGUAGUGAGCACAGGGUACGGGUGUGGAGACGCAAAGUUCCCAGGUAUCUACACUCGCGUUGACCAGUAUACACAGUGGAUAAACGACGAACUCUAUGGCGGAUGUGAUGGUUAGGUGUUUCAAGAUCCUCCGCGCAAAUACGGAUAAAGCUAUCCGAAAAUAGACAUUUAUCGGAUGGUACGACUGAAUCAUAUGAGCCUGUAUUUCUCAUGAAUUCUUGUACCUUCAGUAAAUAUCGUUAAUAAUAAAGGCAAAGUGAUGUUCCUGAGAAAUUGAAAUGUUACUGAGGCUAUGCACACCUAGCAUGGCAUUACAGUUCCUACAUCAAGUUUUAAAUUCUAGAAAAUAAGAAUGUAAAUAAACGUUUUCAAAAUACCGUUGGUCACUGUAAAUAGUCACAGUCGUUGAAAAUUACAUUUCAAUUUGAUUAAAUUUCUCUAAUAUUCUAGUCAUUUAGGUGUCUAUUAGUAAUAACAUGUAUUCUUUAUUUGGCUUAUAUUCUUUUUCGCAAAUGCCGAAUAAGCAUUCCACAGCACACGAGAAAGACAUCGUAUAUAAUUAUUUUUAAAUGUUUAUCUCAUUAAUUUAUCUAUAAUAAAAUAACCUCUAUACCCA